GUUCGGGUAAAUAACUCACAAUACUCUUCUUUUCUCUUAUUAUAUCAGGUUUUGCUACAAUGAGAGUUGUUAUUUCGAAGGGCAUUGUGGUUUCGUGUUGCUUGGGCAUUAUUAUUAUUGUUGCACUUGCUGCUGAUGCAAGGAAACUUGUUGACGAUGACAAGCAUUUGAUCCGUCCAAUUCCACCUCAUUUGUUUAAGAAAGGGUUUAGGCAUGGAAGGUUUGGAGGAGGUGGGAUUGGUGGUGGUGCUGGAUUUGGUGGCGGUGGAGGGUUAGGAGGAGGUGGUGGUUUUGGUGGUGGUGGUGGAUUUGGUGGUGGAGGUGGAGGUGGACUAGGGGGUGGUGGUGGCUUAGGUGGCGGAGCCGGUGGAGGUUUUGGUGGCGGAGCUGGUGGUGGAGGUGGACUUGGCGGUGGUGGUGGCGGUGGUUUAGGUGGCAGUGGAGGUGGAGGUUUUGGAGGAGGUGCUGGUGGUGGGAUUGGUCAUGGUGGAGGUUUAGGUCAUGGUGUUGGAGGUGGCUUUGGAGGUGCUGGUGGUGGUGGACUUGGCGGUGGCGGUGGGCUUGGUCAUGGAGGAGGACUAGGUCAUGGCAUUGGUGGUGGUGUAGGAGGUGGAGGUGGCCUUGGAGGUAGUGGUGGAUUUGGUGGUGGCGGUGGUUUUGGUCAUGGAGGAGGACUAGGUCAUGGUGGUGGAUUAGGUCAUGGUAUUGGUGGUGGCAUUGGUGGUGGAGGUGGUGGUGGAAUAGGAGGUGGUGCAGGUGGAGGAGGUGGAGUUGGUGGGGGAGCUGGUGGCGGCAUUGGAGGUGGUGGUGGUGCAGGUGGAGGCGGCGGCUUUGGUGGUGGCGGUGGAGUUGGAGGUGGUGUAGGUGGAGGAGGAGGGUUUGGAGCUGGUGGAGGGUUUGGAAAAGGUGGAGGUGGUGGAUUUGGCGGUGGUGGUGGUGGCGGCUUUGGAGGUGGUGGCGGUUUUGGGGCUGGUGGCGGUGCUGGAUUUGGUGGUGGAGUUGCCGUUGGUGUUGGUGGUGGCCAUUAGAUAUAAAUCAAAGAUGUUGCAAUCAAGGGUAUUUUCUUAGAGAAGUAUGAGUACUCAUUCAAAUAAUCACGUAUAUGUUUGUUUACUUAUUUUUGUGUGAAGAAAAAACACUGUCAAUUGUCAACCUAUAAUGCAUUAAUGGCUAUCAUCAUAGUUUUUUUUUUUUUUUUUAAAUAUAAUCAAGCUAAAGUUGAUGUUCUUCUAUCGAA